AUGGGAUUUAGAACAGAUGUUCCAUUUGUGAUAAAAUCCAAUUCAAAUUUCGUUGCAGUAGAAAAACAAGAAAAAGCAAUGAUGUCGAUAAGACGUAUUGUGAUAUUGAUUUUUUUCUUCUGUAUUGUUCAAGCACGAAUAUCGCCGGAUUAUGAUUUGCCUAUAUACAGCGUCACUGGUUGUAUAUCGGGUAAAUUUCAUUCCUGCAAUAUUAUCGACAUAUUUGUAUUAACUGACGAGGCGACAAUUCUAUCCAUAGUUAACAUUAAUAAUGGUGGUCCAUGGAAUUUACCUACAUCGUAUUUGGAAUUGAUGAAUCGAAAUGGAUCAACCGUACAAUUCAGUACAUCAAUUAUUGGUGAUGUAAGUGGUCGGUGUAAUUUCGGAGCUAAAUUCAUUCCAUAUUAUAACAACAGUCAAGGCAAUGCCGUUGUUCUAAUGUGUUCAUCAUUUACUUUUCCUGGUGGUGAUACUGCCUUUUUUAGACUAAAAAUUGAUCCUUUAACAUCGAAUAUCACUGCUAUUGGCAAUCCAUUAAUAUUUCAUUCCGAAAAUUCAUUCGCAAGAUUCUCGUCUCAACCAGUAACAAACAAUAACGACGUGUACUUUCUUUUAAAUUCUUAUCCAUCCGGUUCCAACAAUUAUUCUGUCGGUCAUUUGAAUUUGAUUGAUUUUACAUUUGAAACAUGGCCAGUAGUACAUUCAUUAAAUUCGUCCAUAUUUCUAGAUCCACAAACGGGUACCUUUAACAAUGUUGCUCGAAUAGACAAAUUACAUUUUUCUGUUCCUUGUUCAUCUCCUCAACAUCUGUCGACUUCUGUACCUGAAAUGCUCUGUACCUACAAAUAUUCGAAUGAAAAACAAUUCAUUCUUAUCGGAAUGAAUUCAAUUCCAAAUGCAAGAAGUGAUCGAAAUUUGUAUUUGUAUUCGCCAGAAGAACAACAAUGGGGUUUGACGAUUACAAGUGAUCCAGUUACUUGGUCAGUUUUGAUUAUGAACACACAAUUUACAUUACCAACUAAUUCUUCUCGUGAUCUCAUUUAUGGAGCAAUAUUAAAUGAUACUGAUGCUAUUUUAACAUAUACCAUGUCGGCUAGUAUUUCACAGGUGAGAAAUCGUUGUUUCUAUCUAGCUACAGUACAUAGUCGAAAAAAUGCACUCAUCGUACAACAAUUGAAAUUUGGAGAAGAUUUUAAACGAACACCGACGAUACUUGUUGAUUCAACUAUAAUAGCAGAAGUGGCUACCAACUUCGCCUUCACAAUCGUAUUUGCAACUAAAAACUAUGUGUUUGUUUUAAAUGGGUUGAAUAUUUAUCGAUAUAUUGUUGCAUGUUGA